UGUUUUUUUAAAUGGUUUUUUUAUUACAGGAUUAUUCCACUACAGUAAUCACUUUGAAAUCGAUUUUCUUCUACUCCGAGUUUACUUUUAUUGCUGAUAUCUAUUCGUACUAUUGAAUAACUGAAGUAAUCGUUGCAAAUCACUACUGCCGAUAUGAAAAUUUCCGGAAGAACCCUCCUGUUCUUGGUUCCAUUUUUUUAUUGGAAGAUGUCGCUACCGGAAAUUCAAUUUUGCGACAAUGUGCCAAUCAGUUCGAAAUGAAUUCCGACUCAAAUCCGAUUGGGUGAAAAUUUUCAUUCAGAAUUCCAUCGCUACUGUAGCUUUAGAGGAUCGUAAGAUCGUUAAUUCUGAUUGGUAUUCCACCAGAAGUUUUUCGUGAAGCGUCGAAUUGAUAGGCCACCCGCCGUAUAGUCCUGACUUGGCACCUAACGACUUCUAUUUGUUUCCUUCCGUGAAGAAAAAGUAAAAUGUUUAAAUGAAGUAGUAAAAUGUUUUCAUGACAAAUUUAUAUAGACAUCUGGGUAAUAUAUCAUUGCGAAAAACAAUUCCAUUCCAACCUAUUAGUUGCAAAAAUGAUGUGAUUAGUGCAUCAUUCAAUUCUUGUGAGACUUAUGAGAAAGAAAACGAAAACUGGAAGAUUAAAAUAUAAGUGCUGUUACGACCAAGAAUUGAUCAAAUAAGAAGGUUCAAAGACCAGACGAUCAGAACGAUUUUCAGAAUUCGAGUCCAAAAUCUUGUUCAGAAUCCUGAGAUUAGAUCCAGAAUCCAGACUCAGAUUUUCGGAAUUCAGUUCCAGAAUCCUGCUUCCCGGUUCAGAAUUUAGGUUCAGAUCUAAAACUUCUCUCAGAAAUUCAUACCCAGAAUCUAGGCCUGGGAUCAGAACUCAUGCCCAAAACACACGAAAACCUAUUUAUUCCCGUCAGAAAGUCAGGUCUAUAACCCACUUCCAAAAUGGAGACCUAGAAUUCGGAUCCCGAUUUUCACUCAAGAAUCUAUGUACAUGUUCCGAAACUAGGUCCAGAAUACAAUUCCAGAAUUCAGGUGAAGAGUCAAGGAUCAGGAUCUAGUUUCAGGUUCAGGAACUCUGUCAGGAGCUGAUUCGAAGUCAGAAUUUUGCAGAAUUCAGGUUCAGGGAAAAAAAAACUCUGUCAAGACUUUCGGUCCAGAAUCUGAGUUCAAUUUCAGAAAUCCAUACCCAUAAAUCCAGAAAUCAGAUCCAAACUAAGAAUUCCGGUCCAUAAACGAAGUCCCCAUUUUAGGUUCAGAAUUCAGAUUCUGCACUCAAGUCACAAAUUCAUGUUCAGAGGUUAGAUCAAGUCACUCAAUUCAGGUCCAGGUUCUGAGUUCUAAUUAUAAGACGGAAUCCUGGUUUGGAAUUCAUCCUUUGGCUUGGAAUCCAUGUACAGAAUCCAGGUCCAGAUUCAGAAUCCAAAUAAAGAAUUAUGUAUUAGUUUCAGAACAUAGAAUCAUGAUCCAAGGUCAGAAUGCAGGUCCAGAACUCAAAUCCAGACGCUAGGUCCAUAAUCAUGCUUCAAAAUUUUGGCCCAGAAUCCAAGUCCAGAAGAAGAGUCUUCUUGUCUUCUUGUCUUCUUGUCUUCUUGUCUUCUUGUCUUCUUGUCUUCUUGUCUUCUUGUCUUCUUGUCUUCUUGUCUUCUUGUCUUCUUGUCUUCUUGUCUUCUUGUCUUCUUGUCUUCUUGUCUUCUUGUCUUCUUGUCUUCUUGUUGACAGUUCUAGAGUUUAGUUCUGGAUUUCAGAUUAAGAAUCCCAAGACCGAAUUUUCUUUUACAUUUUCACAAUCCAGAUCUUAACCUCAGUUCCUCGUCGAGAAUCCAAGGCCAGAAUCGAGUUCCGGAACUCUGAAACUGUAGCUGAAACCGAAUUUAAGAACUUGAUUCUGUGCCUGUAUUUUGGAACUGAGAUCAUAGUCUCGAUUGUAAACCUGGGCUCUCGAUCUAAAUUUCAGAAAUGAAUUCUGGACUUAGAUCUGAAUUUUGUAACUGACUUCUGGAACUGAAGAUGCGUAUCAGACCAGAGGAUUAGGUUUCAAAAUUUCUGUCCGGAAUUCAGAAUGCAGUAUCAGUAGUUUCAGAAUCCUGAAACUGAAUUCUGAGCCUGAAUCUAGGAUUAUAAUUCAGAUUUAAAAUUCAAUUGUAUUUCCAGAAUUUAGUUCAAAAAUACACUGCAGAAUCCAUGUUCAGUAUUCAGUUCAGUUAGAUUUUGGUUCAAGAAUUCAGUUUUACAAUCCAAAAGAAUAAAUGAAAUCAGGAAAUAGGAUCUGCAGAUUUUCGAACUAAAUUAAUUUGAAUUUCAAAGCUGAGUUCGGGAUCCGAAUUUUAAAACUGAAUUCUGAACCGGAAUUCUGUAGCUAAGCCCUCAGCUGUAGAAUAUAGGUCCAAAGUACAUUACUAGGACUCAGAUUAAGAAUUCAGUGCCGAGCCAGAAUCCUGGUCUCAAAUUUAGUUCCACAAGACAGAUUCAGUAAUCAGCUCAGCAAUCCAGAAUUAGGUUCUAGAACUCAGCUUCAGAAUUCAGUUCUAGAAUCUAGCGUCAAAAUUGAGAAUUCAGAUUCAAAAUUCAGUUCUAGCAGGCGGCUUCAAAAUUUAGUUCCAGAAAUCCAGAUCCAAAAUUCAGAUUCUUCAAUAGCAAAGAAACUGAACCAUUCAUUUUAUUCGAAUUUACGUCAUCCGGUUAUGUCUCUGACAUAACCCACCCGUCUUGUUUUUCUGCUCGACCACAAAAGUUUGGGAGCAAUAUUUUUAAAAAAAUCAAAAGAACCAUUUCCGUUUCGUGUUUUUAUUUUCAGGCUAAAUAACAAUUCUCGUACUCAUCUGUGAACGUGAACCAAUACUAACUGUCAGAUUCAAUCUAAAAUCACCACGUGCGGACGGUACCAUGGCUACCUACGGUUAAUCCAAGUGAAUAUCGACAACAGCAAUUAUUUCAGAAAUUUUUAUCGCGAAACCGUCCAGAAGCAGCAAAGAUUCCGAAAGUCGUUCCAAAACCCAUGCAACCGAAACUGCAGCGCUUUUACGUUGGUGGUGGUACCGAUUCGGGAAACAAUCUGUUUAUGCAGGAGGUCUUAAAAAAUCUUCACAAAGCUCAAGGCAUUUCGAAGGAAACCAAUCCGGUGAAAAGAUUUUUCGAACGUCCAGCACCAGAGAAAGUACCUCCAAUCGGUAAGGAUCGAUCGGAUCGUCCGGUUUAUGCUAGAUUCAAAAGACAAAAUGGUACGAAUCAGUUCGUGAGGUGCGAACCGAGCCCAAGUAUCCCGCCUGUCGGUUUCAUACAGUGGCUGGAAAAGUCUAAACAGGCACAAAACCAAAACAAGCUAACAGCCGCCGACAAGCGCAAAAAUGUUGAAUAUCUGAAUUUACCAAGUAAUUUUCUAUCCGGGAGAGAGUUUAUGAAGUUACCAUUUGAAAUACCUGCCGAUCAAACCUUGGCUAGUGUCGGAUCAAGGUUUGUCCCGCCAGCUACUUCUACUCCGUUCGAUGGACAACCCAUUCCUAGUUCGGCCAUCAUUUCUGAUCCGGAUGAAUUAGUUCCGGCCGAAACACGACCAAGCGAAUCUGUUCAUUGUGCAGAAUUUCUUCGAGAAGUUUCGUGUGCCAUGGAAAAAAUAUGUUCUGUUACUUGUGAAUCCUUAAAACGAGGACAUGAAGACACCCCAUUGGAUUGUAACUUUCGGGAGCUGAAAAAUCUGGAGAUUUACGAAAGUUUCAUGGAACGUAGCAGCUGGGAGGAACAUUCGUACAUCAGCAAUCAAAUGCACCAUCAACAUCGAAAACUAGGCCCAUCUCCGUCACUAUUCAGCCACACUAACGGUGAACUGAAUGACAGAAAUUCUACUGAAAUCAAGAUACAGUUAGGUUGUGACCGUGGCGAUUCGUUGAACUUGUGCACUGGAAAUGCAACGGCCGGUUCUUUGCCGGUGGACAAUUUCGCGGAAUUUACAACUCAAAAUCUAACUAGUUGGUUGCUAACCGCUUCUCCGCCGUCACCCAAUCGACGAAUACAGUGCAAUAUGAAGAAAACGCAAUCACUCGAAGAAAAGCAGCACCGGAAAGUGGAAUCUACUUUUAAAUUUACCACUCCAAAGUGGAUCACAAACGGUUCCUUUCAACUUCAUGACAAUCCACACGACAAAACGUGUGAUUUUUUGUCGUCUUUCAAUCAGAAAGAAAACAAAGAUAAUGUUACUUUUGAGGAAUUAUUCAGGUCGACAGGUACAGCAAUACGGUGCGAUUUGAAAAAAACGCUAGCGCUCGAAGAAAGACAGCACCGGAAAGGAGAACCAAACUUUUCAUUGUGUUUUGACGAACCUAGUGCAAAGCGCAAAUCUAAUUGUGGAACCGAAUUUGCAUUUACCACUCCGAAGCCGAUCAGCGGCCACUUGAACACGAACAAUUCCACAGCGUUUCUUUCCCAGAACACCAUCACCAGCGGUUCUUUUCAAUUUGAUGACAAUCCACACGGCAGUACGUUCGAUUUUUUGUGGUCUUCCAAUAAGAAAAAAACCAUUGAUGUUACUUUUGAGGAAUUAUUCGGGAGUCCCGUACUACCAUCCGCAGACAGAGGGGCAACAUCAACAAGUUUUCUAGAUUUUUCACUCUAAAACAAACACAAUAUAUUUAACCAACAAUC